UUCUCUCUCCUCGUUCUAGCGCUCACACCACCACCGAUCAAAACUUUUGAUAUAUCUCUAUACCAUAUAAAAAGUUUUAUGAAAAAUCACUGCCCCAUUAUUGAUUGUUCAACCAUCCUCCUGCUUCCGUCCAAUGUUUAUGGCAUUGUUUACAUGGCAGGACCUGUCACUUCCAGUCUCCAGAAUGAGGCUGCUGCCCCUGCUGGUCGCACCUGGUAAUGCAGCAUUGUAGAACAGGCAGCACAGGAUGAGGCGGAGUGAUACCGAGCAGCCCUGCACCCCAGAUCCCUCCGCCCGGUUAAGCAUCAAUAAUGCUGUGAAAGAGCCGCCACCUGACGCGGUACCGUCUUAAAUCUACGCGGAUCUCAUCUCCGGGUACGGCCGCCACCACAGCGGCUGGGCAGUACCUGCUCCCGACUGGCGGAGGGGGACAGUUCCGGUUUCCGGUGACCCCCAGCUUCCGGCAACGGACUGAGACGAAAACAAACCGGUGUUUGGUGCCCGGUGACUGAGGGACUCGGCCGGGGGGGUGAGAUAAGUGUCGGGAGGCCGGUCGGGGCUCCGUCAUCACACCGGGGACGCACAGACCGCCAGGACCGGGCCCGGGGAGCCGCACUGCUCUCUACCUGUACAGGAGGGGCCCCCAGGAGGAGUGUGGCGAUCGGGGCUGUCCAGGGGCCCUCACCCUUCAGCAGGAGUUUUUUUCCGGACCGGAGCUGAUGGCAGGAGAGGAGAUCCGGGGUUCACCUUUUCCCAGGAGUGAUCUGGGGGUGUCUCUUCGGCCUUGUCCAGGUUGUCGGGGCCGAUCCGCCUCGUCUUAGGUGUCAGGUGCAGUCUUCGUGCCCUGGUUGCCAGGCUUUAUCAGUAAUUCAUUGGCCUCUGGUAUCCUGGUUGUCAGGGUUUAUAAGUGACAUUAAUCUGGUUGUCAGGUAUAAACUUCUGGAGCCUGGGUUGUCAGAACUUAUCACCCAUUGGUUGGGUUGCCCGGAAUAAUAUUCUGGUGGUCAGGGCUUCUCGGUGAAAGAUUCGCCUGGUUGUCAGGAGUCUUUUUCUGGUACCCUUGUUGUCAGGCUUUCUCAUUGAUUAGUUGGUCUGGUUGUCAGGGGGCGAUCUGAAAGCGUCUUGGUUGUCAGUAGUUGAUCUGUAGGGGCGGGUGGGGUUCUGGUUUUCAAGGCCAAUUGUUAGGUGGUGUCUUUAUUAGGGAGUGAUUUUUCUAUUGUCUUUCCAGAGACAAUCUGGUUGUCGGGGCUCAUCAGGGGAUGAUGACCUGAGUGUGUCCUGCUUGUCAGGAGUAAUCUGGAGGUGGCCUGCCUUGGGAGGGGGAGAUGUAAUGUCUUGGUUUUUUAAGAUCUACAGGUGUGUCGGUUGUCAGAGAUAAUUACAGGGGGUGGUGUUGUCAGGGGUCAUCUGGGUUCUUUCAGGUAACAGAAAAUUAAAUGAGGCAACCCCAUUGACUAUGGGAAUUUUGGGGUGAAACAGCUGAUCUAUUCUACCGCCCCCAUCCCCUGCCCUGAGGACCAAGAGCUUUGUACUGCCUGGCAAUGAGGAGGGACAGUUAGUGCCAGGGCACGGACCCGGCUGGCAUCUGAACAUCCCUCCAACUAGACUGAAUAGCUAUGUCGGUGGAAACAGCACUGCUGCCUGGCAUGGCGUCAUACAAUGAGUUUGUGCCCCCUCCGGAGUGCCCGGUGUUUGAGCCCAGCUGGGAGGAAUUCUCCGACCCCCUGAGCUUCAUUGGACGCAUCCGACCCAUUGCCGAGAGAACUGGAAUAUGCAAAAUAAGACCCCCUAAGGACUGGCAGCCUCCCUUCGCCUGUGACGUCAAGAGCUUCUGUUUCACUCCCCGGGUGCAGCGUCUGAAUGAGCUGGAGGCUAUGACCCGCGUGAAGCUCGACUUUCUGGAUCAGCUGGCAAAAUUCUGGGAGCUGCAAGGAUCUACACUCAGGAUCCCAGUGGUGGAUCGUAGGCUUCUCGAUUUGUAUGCACUGAGUAAGGUUGUUUCCAGUGAAGGAGGCUUUGACAUCAUUAGCAAGGAGAAGAAGUGGUCAAAAGUGGGCAGUCGUUUGGGGUACGUGUCAGGGAAGGGCACAGGGUCUCUACUGAAGACACACUAUGAGCGAAUUCUCUACCCUUAUGAGCUCUUCCAGUCGGGGAUCAGUCUCAUGGGCAUCCAGAAACCAAGUUUAAAAGUUGAGGAGAAAGUGGAAGUGGCAGAGCCAUGCGAGGACCCCAAAGAAGCUGCAAGAACCGAGAAGACAAACAUUCCCUUGAAGAGAUCCAGGAGACUCAAGUCUGAGGAGUCUGUGGAGAUCAGUAAAAGCCCAGAGGUGAAGAAGCUGCACACCUUCGGAGCUGCUCCCAGGAUGAUCGGGGUUGGAGACAGUGUUAAAGACAGAGCUGAUGAACUGUUCAAGAACAGGAAGAGUUCUAAGCUGGACGCUUUCGGGAUGCAGAUGAGGCAGAGGAAAGGCGCUUUGUCCGUCAAUUUUGUUGACCUGUACAUUUGCCUGUUCUGCGGCCGGGGUGAUUGUGAGGAGAAAUUACUGCUGUGUGAUGGUUGUGAUGACAGUUAUCACACAUUCUGUCUCAUCCCACCUCUCCCAGAAGUGCCCAAAGGAGAUUGGCGCUGCCCAAAAUGUAUUGCUGAGGAAUGCAGCAAACCACGUGAAGCCUUUGGAUUUGAGCAGGCUGUGAGGGAAUAUACUCUGCAAAGCUUUGGAGAGAUGGCUGAUCACUUCAAAUCUGACUACUUCAAUAUGCCAGUACAUAUGGUGCCCACAGAGCUGGUGGAGAAGGAGUUCUGGCGCCUGGUGAGCUCCAUUGAAGAGGAUGUGAUUGUGGAAUAUGGCGCUGAUAUUUCUUCUAGAGAUUUUGGGAGCGGCUUCCCGAUACUCGAUGGUCGGAGGAAACUGACACCUGAUGAAGAGGAUUAUGCCCAAUGUGGUUGGAAUCUAAACAACAUGCCCGUUCUAGAGCAAUCUGUUCUUACUCAUAUCAAUGUGGAUAUCUCUGGCAUGAAGGUGCCCUGGCUAUAUGUGGGCAUGUGCUUUUCCUCAUUUUGUUGGCACAUUGAGGACCAUUGGAGUUACUCCAUUAAUUACCUGCACUGGGGAGAGCCCAAGACGUGGUAUGGGGUUCCUUCUCAUGCUGCUGAGCAGUUGGAAGAUGUCAUGAGAGAACUAGCUCCAGAACUGUUUGAAACCCAGCCUGAUCUAUUACACCAGCUGGUGACCAUCAUGAACCCGAACAUAUUGAUGGAACAUGGUGUGCCUGUUUACAGGACAAAUCAAUGUGCGGGGGAGUUUGUGGUCACUUUCCCUCGUGCAUAUCACUCCGGCUUCAACCAAGGUUACAACUUUGCAGAGGCUGUUAACUUCUGCACUGCUGACUGGCUUCCCAUUGGACGUCAGUGUGUCAGUCAUUACCGGAGACUGAGACGGCACUGUGUAUUUUCCCACGAAGAGCUGAUCUUCAAAAUGGCUACAGACCCAGAGUGCUUGGAUGUUGGCUUGGCUGCUGCAGUAUGCAAAGAGAUGAGUACGAUGAUUGAGGAGGAGAGCAGAUUACGGGAGAAUGCCAUACAGAUGGGGAUCCAGCAGUCAGAAGAAGAAGUCUUUGAGCUUGUCCCAGAUGAUGAGAGACAGUGUGCCUCCUGCAGAACCACCUGUUUCCUCUCUGCUCUGACUUGCAAUUGCAACUCAGAUCGGCUUGUCUGCCUGAAUCAUCUGGAGGACCUGUGUACGUGUCCUACGCAGAGCAAGUGUCUCAGGUACCGAUAUUCACUUGAAGAUUUUCCUACUCUGCUGUACGGAGUGAAGUUACGUGCCCAGUCAUAUGAUACAUGGGUUAGCCGGGUAACAGAAGCACUGACAGCCAGCCUGAAUCACAAAAAAGACAUCAUUGAGUUGAAGGUCAUGCUGGAGGAUGCAGAGGACAGGAAGUUCCCAGAAAAUGAGCUCUACCGAAGGCUCAGAGAUGCAGUAAAAGAGGCUGAAACUUGCUCAUCCGUUGCUCAGCUGCUUUUAACAAAAAAGCAGAAACACAGUAAGCUGAGCCAGGACUCUGGGAAGACUCGUACUAAACUUACUAUGGAAGAACUCAAAGCCUUUGUCCAUCAGCUGUUCAGCCUGCCUUGCAUCGUCACACAGGCCCGGCAGGUUAAGAAUUUGCUUGAUGAUGUGGAGGAGUUCCAUGAGCGUGCACAGGAGGCAAUGUCUGAUGAAAUUCCAGAUUCCAGCAAGCUACAAGCUCUCAUUGAUAUGGGAUCCAACUUGUAUGUGGAGCUCCCAGAGCUACCUCGAUUAAAACAAGAGCUGCUUCAGGCACGGUGGUUGGACGAGGUGCGCCAGACUCUGUCUGAACCCCAUAAGGUCACUUUGGAUGUGAUGAAGAAGUUAAUAGAUUCAGGGGUGGGUUUAGCUCCUCAUCAUGCUGUAGAGAAAGCAAUGGCUGAACUUCAGGAACUGCUCACAGUGUCUGAGAGGUGGGAAGAGAAAGCCAAAUCCUGUCUGCAUGCUCGGCCACAGCACAGUGUAUCCAGUCUGGAAAGUAUUCUAGCAGAGGCGAAGAACAUCCAGGCUUAUCUGCCCAAUGUGUUGGCACUGAAGGAAGCUCUGCAGAGAGCUAAGGACUGGACCUCAAAAGUUGAAGCCAUUCAGAAUGGCAGUCACUAUGCAUACCUGGAGCACCUGGAGUGCUUGCUGAGCAAGGGCCGCCCUAUUCCUGUGCGUCUAGAUGCCCUUCCACAAUUAGAGUCUCAGGUUGCAGCGGCCCGAACUUGGAGGGAGCGCACUGGUAGGACUUUCCUGAAGAAGAACUCAAGCUACACAUUACUACAGGUGCUCAGCCCCCGUAGCGACAUUGGAGUUUAUGGAAGUGGUCGUAAUAAGAGGAAGAAAGUCAAAGAGCUGAUAGAAGAGAAAGACUUGGAUCUGGAUUCUAUGAGUGAACUAGAAGAGUCUCAUGAGGAACCACGAGACACUGCCUCUGUGGUUGCAUUAUUUAAGGAUUUGGAGCACAAGGAGGUAGAUUGUAUGCGUUCGUUGCGGGCUGCUAAUCUGGCCAAGAUGGCAAUGGUGGAUCGUAUUGAGGAAGUUCGGUUCUGCAUCUGCCGAAAAGCUGCCAGCGGCUUUAUGUUACAGUGUGAGCUGUGCAAGGACUGGUUCCACAGCACAUGUGUGCCUCUGCCCAAAACCAGUACCCAGAAAAAAGGCACUAGUUUGCAAUCAAAGGACGUCAAGUUUCUGUGUACGCAGUGCAUGCGUUCUCGGCGGCCAAGGUUAGAGACUAUUCUCUCACUGCUGGUGUCACUACAGAAACUACCAGUGAGGCUGCCUGAGGGGGAAGCAUUACAGUGCUUGACAGAACGUGCCAUGAGCUGGCAGGACCGGGCACGGCAAUCACUGGCCACAGAAGAACUCUCUUGUGCCCUAGCCAAGCUUUCUGUAUUGAGCCAGCGUAUGGUGGAGCAAGCUGCAAGGGAAAAGACUGAAAAGAUCAUUAGUGCGGAGCUACAGAAAGCUGCAGCUAACCCUGAUCUGCAGGGUCACCUGCCCAUAUUCCAGCAAGGUUCCUUUAGUCGAGGAAUGUCCAGCGUGGCUUCUUCUCCACAACCACCUUUAGACUACGAUGAUGAGGAGACUGACUCUGACGAGGAUAUCAGAGAGACAUACGGUUAUGAUGUAAAGGUAGUAAGCAACAUGGACACUGGUAGUGUGAAGUCCUCCAGCAGCUUAGAACCCAACCUAUUCUGUGACGAGGAGAUACCCAUCAAGUCGGAAGAAGUUGUCAGUCACAUGUGGACCACUCCAUCCUUCUGUACAGAGCAUGCAUACUCCUCCGCCUCCAAGAGCUGUGUGCAAACGUCAGGAACUCCCCGAAAGCAACCACGGAAGACCCCUUUGGUGCCUCGUAGCCUGGAGCCUCCUGUUCUAGAGUUAUCACCAGGAGCAAAGUGUCAGCUAGAAGAGCUCAUGAUGUUAGGGGAUCUGCUGGAGGUUUCUCUGGAUGAAACGCAACAUAUCUGGCGGAUAUUGCAGGCAACACAUCCACCGUCGGAAGAGAGGUUCCUGCAUGUUAUGGAGGAUGACAGCCUGGAUGAGAAGCCAGUGAAAGUGAAAAGUAGGGAUUCUUCAGAGAAGAAGCGCAAGAGGAAGUUGGAGCGAGCGGAGCAGUUCUUAGCUGAGGGAAAACAAAGAUCCAAGGAGCUAAAAAAACUGGACAAGACCAAAAAGAAGAAGCUCAAGCUGGGACAUGACAAGGCCAAGGAGCUUAGUAAACUGGCGAAAAGGCUGGCCAAGGAGGAGGAGCGCAAGAGAAAGAAAGAGAAAGCAGUCGCUGCCAAGGUUGAGCUUAACAAAGAGAUCACUGAAAAGAAGCGAGAGAAGAAGGUGCUGGAUAUCCCAUCCAAGUAUGACUGGUCAGGAGCAGAAGAUUCUGAUGACGAGAACGCUAUAUGUGCAGCUCAGAAUUGCCAGCGCCCUUGCAAGGACAAGGUGGACUGGGUGCAGUGUGAUGGCGGCUGUGAUGAAUGGUUUCACCAGGUCUGUGUCGGUGUCUCUUCUGAAAUGGCCGAGAACGAGGAUUACAUCUGCACGAACUGUACCAGAAAGAGAGUCCCAGGACCAUGCCCGCCUUACCCCCCCUGUCCCCCUACUUUGACUUUCACCGCCGGAUUCCCCUUGCCUACCAUUGAGGUGAAACAGGAGGUCAGCUAGCAUAAUGGAUUUUUUUUGUUGUUUCCCCUUCUUGGUUAUCCAUUUGCUCCUACUACCCUCUGCCAACUUCCUGGCAGAGUCAUGUUUAUUAGAUAGUGCCCUCAGCCUUGCACAGAUCCCCAUCAUUGGACUACAGACAAUCCGGGCUGGCAUUGCUUGGUAGGAAAGAUAAAACUGUAUUGUCCGUCAGUAUCCUGUCAAGAUUUCUGAUCCCACCCCCAGCCGAUUCAUGGAUUUCCCAGAAGUGACUUUUUAUAAUGGAAGCCCAUAAACCCAGGAUGUCACACAUGGCCAGAGGGAGGGAAGUGCUUGUCCUCUCAGGUUUUAGGUGGGGUAUGAUUUUGUGGAUGCCCUUCCUUUUCUUUCCAGGUAGGUUACAGAAGAGGAUGAAGACUUAUUUGGCUGCCUUGCCCAAGUAUUGGUGCUGGUGUCUGGAUUUUUCAUCACAUGAAGGGUAUAUGACUGAACACUUCAAUUUUGGCGAUGGGAGACCGAGGGUGGAGGAGAUUGGUUGUCUGUGUAGGAUUUGGUUUUUAGAAAAUCCUGGGGAAGGUUAAAACCCAUCUUCCCCCUUCUUCUUUCUGUGACUACUGACUUGUAUAAAUAGUUUCUCUCCUA